AUGGGUAAAAAGGGUGUACGCCCUGAUCCGGAAAAGAUCAAGGCGAUUAGCGACUGGUCUGUGCCAGUCGACGUCAAGGGACUUCGAAAGUCUCUUGGCUUGGCGGCGUACUCGCACAAGUAA